GAGAUUGAGAGGCUUGAGGAUUACGGCCAUGCCUGCGAAUGUCUACUGUACAAGGACCUCGAAGCUGAACAUGAGAUAUUACUAGCGAAGUACGAUAAACUGGAACAGGACAUGGGCAGUGAAGAGAACGAUGAGAUUUCCUCCUCCCCUGAGACGAGAAAGAGGUUUUCCAAAGCUGUGAAGAAGAACAGGAAUCUUCUGGCAAAGAAAGAGGAGCUGAGAUCACAGGUCGGAUGCCUUGAAGAGCAAAUCAAGGAGCUCAAAUCGGAAGCAGAGAAGAGAGAUCCCCUAGUAAAAGCUGGAGCUGCGGUUCGGAUGCGUUAUCUGGAAUUGGAGAAGGUCGACCGGCUUGGGAAUAUAGGAAGACUUGACAGACGGGUUAUUGAGGCUGGUAAUAUUGCCGCUCAUGCUGAAAAUGGAGCCGCUGAUUGGUCUCUUACGUAUGCGGGGCUUGGAUCUACGGCAGUCUUUGGAGAUGUUUUCCAUGCCAUAUAUGGUCUCGACUAUGCUGCAUAUGAUGUCUCUCGAUACUGCCUAUGCAGACCGUGUGAAUUGGUAGCGGAGGUCAACAGGUUUUAUGGGAGUCGGAAUACCCAAAUGCACCGAGAGAUUGCAUCAAGACUCCACGACGAGUUUCACACACUGAAUGGUGGCAUUCACGACGAACACGAGCACAUGACUGUCGAAGGGGACAGCAAGUCGGCUGUAUUGAUCAAUAGGUUAGAAGCCUUGGUCAAUGAGCUGUUAGCUAUCGAUGUGCCUGGUCAUAAAUGGACCUCCAAAGACUUUGUGCCUUUGGACGAGAGGGACCAUGAGGCUAGUUACUCGCUCGUGCAACUAAGCUCGAUGGAUUCACAAACCCUUCCGCUGUCCGGGAGAUGUCGAGAAAGUAACCAGAUGUCUACUGAGGCUAGUGUCUGGAGCAUACGGUAUCAUUACAAGGAGGAUCUGCCAUCGAAGCUAGAAUCUGGCUUUCCUUCGCUGAAAGAAAUGGAGGUGUUGUGUCGCGAUAGUGUAUUUGUUGAUUAUUGAUUAUUGAAAUAUGACACAUGUUAUUCGAAUCCCAAUAUGGCCAGCAGAGGAAAGGAAGUUCGACCAAUAUGACUUCGUAAAGCGUUGGGUAAGUAUAGGUGCGGCGCGGAGAAGCAUAAGGGAGAGAUAAUGCGGGGUGAUGCAGCAGUGAGGCGAGGAGGUGAGCAGCGUGGAAUAUGUCCAAAAGAAGUGAUACGAUCCGGCCCGGCAAUCAAACGAAGCUGGCGCAGCAGAGCUUCCUUCUUCGGAAGUAUAUCUCGUCCCGGUGAAAUACGACGUAUUUACGGAUCCUCCAAUGAACUUUAGCAUUGGCAACCAAGU